GGCCUCAUAUAUCUCGCUACCUAGCGUGUCGCCUCUCGUCUUGUCGCGCAGUCCGGAGGCCAAAGAAAGCCCACCCCAAGCCGGAGCAGAAUUGAAGCCUCUCUGCUCCCCGUCUAAAUAUAUACAUUGCGUGGCCUGUUCCAUGGACGCCCUGAAUCCCCUUAAUCUUCGGCGGGCAAGGCGAUGGUCUGGCCCAUUUGGCCCUCCACCGCCUUUCCCCCCACUUGUACUUUAGUCGACUACUUCCACUCCAAAACAUCCCAAAACAUUUCUCUCCUCAGCAAGUCCCCGGGAUUUCUACCUUCUGCCCGUAUUCCCCCCGUUUGCGAGGCACAACAUCAGCAUCUCCUCUCCCACCCCCCUGUCUCCAAAUCCCCCCCACCACCAACAUGCCCGAGCACGAAGAAGACCUCGUUGCCUCCCAGACCGAGGGUUUCAAGGUCGGAGAGAAGAAGACCAUUGAAGAGUACACAAACCUCGACAAGAACGACGAGUCCCUGAACCGCUGGAAGGCCUCCCUGGGUCUCAGCACCGGAGCUCCCAUUGGCGACCCCAACGAUCCCAGAAAGUGCAUCAUCAAGUCCCUGGCCCUGGAGGUUGAGGGACGGUCCGAUGUCGUGAUUGACCUGUCUGCUCCCGGAGCGGUCGACACCCUCAAGGACAAGCCCUUCACGAUCAAAGAGGGCGCCACCUUCCACAUCAAGGUCGUUUUCCAGGUCAACCAUGAGGUUCUGAGCGGUCUCAAGUACCUGCAGGUCGUGAAGCGUAAGGGUAUCAGAGUCGGCAAGGACGAGGAGAUGCUGGGAAGUUACGCCCCCAACACCACCGACAAGCCCGUCUACGAGAAGAAGUUCAACGCCGAGGAAGCCCCUUCAGGCAUGAUUGCUCGUGGCCACUACAACGCCGUGUCCAAGUUCGUCGACGACGAUAACCACACCCACCUUCAGUUCGAGUGGUCCUUCGACAUCUCCAAGGACUGGUAGAUCUAGAUAGUCGGACUGGCUCUGCUUUCUGGCUUCCCCACCUCAAACUCGCUCUCUUUCUCAUAUAUGAAACUAUGAACUACCACCUAUAUCAUUUCUCAUUAGCAGCAUAUUACUAUCACACCUACUUUCUUCGCAGUUAUACUAGCGUUGGACCCGCGUUUAUUCGUUCUGGAAUUCUAAUUGUUCGAUUCGCACGCCUUUCCCUGCGCUCAUUGUCUGCUAGGCUUCUUGAGAGAAUGUAUUAUUUGGCUUGCAGCCAUUGCUUUCCUAUAGCUACAUAUACAUAGAUAUAUUACGUUCGGCAUGGCCAAGGGUCACUUCAGAUCAUCGAAUAUCAUCUUUAU